AUGGCAACGUAUGAGUGCGAAAAGGAUAAUUCAAGUAGUGAUAGUGACGAAAAUCAAGACUCAUCGUCUCAAUCUUCAGAAUUUCAAAGUGAAAAUGAUGUCACAACUGAGUCUUCGAUAGAUUCAGAAACAACUUCUGCUCGAAAUUCCUCUCCGUCAACUGUUGAUCAAGAUUUAAAUGAUUCCGAUGCUCCAGUGGAACAACCGAGUCCGUUACGUUCUUUUUCUUUUGAACCACUUUUAUCACCAUCUGAAUCAUCCACAUUAACGAUAGAUAAUAAUGAUAAUAAUGAUGAUGGAAAUGAUAGUGGUAGUGACGAUAAUGUUAGUAUAGGUAAUGCCAGUAGCGAUAAUGGUAGAGAUGCCAAUGAUAGUAGCGAUAACGAUAGAAACGAUAAUGUUAGUGCAGGUAAUGGUAGUGACGAUAAUUCCACUAGCGAUAAUGAUACAAAUCAUAAUGAUAACAGCGAUAGCGUUAGGGAUGAUAAUGGUAGUGACGAUAAUAACAGUAGCGAUAAUGAUAGAGAUGAUAAUGAUACUAGCGAUAGCGAAAGAGACGAUAAUGGUAGUAGCGACAAUGACGUCGAUAACGGAAACGACAAUGAAAUUCGAUGGUUCGAUAACCCUAUUUAUCAAAACGCCGAUAUUUGUGGUGGUGAAGCUUUGAAUCAGAUUUUAAAAGUUUAUGUUUCAAAUCGAUUAACUAAAAAAGCUUUAGGAGACAUAUUAAACCUAAUGCAUUCGUUAUUACCGAAUGACCACACACUUCCAACAACGAAAUAUCAAUUAUUUAAAUUAAUCGAUGAUAUUUUACCUCAGGAAGCAGAUUACACAACAAAGCAUAGGAUUUGUUCUGACUGCCUUAACCUCGUCGGAGAAUGGACAGACACAUUAGAUGUGCAAAUCUAUCCACGUUGUAAUGAAUAUCGUCGUCUUAAAACGAUAGCUAUACCUGGUCAAUAUGACUUUUUCUUGAUCUAG